AUGCAUAUAAACACAUAUUUUUCAUUGUUUUUAGCGGAUUAUCUUAAAUCUUGUUCAAGAAAUGAUCCAAACUUGAACGAAUGUGCAUUAAAAUCUGCAAGGGAAUCUCUCAAUUUAUUUGCACUUGGUGACACCAGUAGAGGCCUGUUGCCAUUAGAUCCACUUUAUGUCGCUGAGAUGAAGAUUUGUGUUCCUGAUAAAAACGGUUUAAAUGUUGUUUUCAAAAAUAAUUAUUUUAAAGGAUUAGCGAAAUUGCAUUUACAAGAUCUUAAAUUCGACUUGGACAAAAAAUUAAUCACCGCUGACGCUUUAGUGACUCUUGAUGUAAAAAAUGAAUAUGAGGUCAGUGGAAAAAUCCUUGUUUUGCCGAUUCGAUCCAGUGGUGAUGCAUCUAUAAAGCUAAAAAACACACUAUUGCAUAUACGAAUAUGGUACAAACACAUCACAGCAGAUGACGAUAAAGUUCAUUGGAAUAUUACAAAACAUGACAUCAAGUAUGAGGUCGAAAAGGCCAUUUUCCGAUUAGAGAAUUUAUUGAACGAUAAAAAUAUAGGGGAUCAAAUAAACAAACUGCUUAAUGAAAUGUGGCGUGAGAUAGUGGCAGAUGUCGGGCCGUCCAUAUGCGAGAGCCUGAGCGAUUCCGUCGUGAACAACUUAGCUGUUUUACUCAACCAGGUUCCCUAUGACGAACUUAUGCCUGAAUGA